AUGAAAAAUGUGCUCAAAAUAGGGAUAACUUGUAUUCCACCAAUUAUUACUAUAAUUUCUGGAAUCCUCAUAUUUUCAUUGAUUCAUAUCGAUGCACAAAAUAAUAUUAAUGAGAAUGCUAUGAAUACGACAUUGGAGAAGGCUGUGAAAAUUGAGCGAAAACUCAAUAAAACGAGCAAGAUUCUGAAAGCUGAUCCGGAUUUUUUGAAAGAGCUCAAAGGGGUCAAUGAACCCUACAACGAUUUGGAUAAUCAUUUCCGUCAUGAAAUUUGUUUGAGAGUAAGCUUUUUACAAAGUUUUAUUCAAAACAUAAUUUGUUCAGCUUUACAGUGAAGAACCAGCUCCUAAUAGAUCAAUAGAAUGGGUGAUGGAAAAUCAGAAAAACUGUGCCAAAAAAUUUACUGACGAUGAAAUAACGAAGAUUUACAAUACUUUUAAAGAACGUGUAUGCUUUUCGGCUUUCUAUCUUGCUGUUGAAUAUUCCAAGCAGGCUCUAAAACAGUUAUGGAAUGCUCAUAUCAAAUUCGAGGAUAUACAAAAAGAACUAUUCAUCUGGGAAAACAUAAAAAAAUACUGGGUGACACUACAGGUGAGAAGACAUUAGUCAGAAUUUGGCAUUUUGCCAUUUCGAAUUUUUGUGCCGGAAAAUGCGGAAAUUUUUUCAAGUACAGCCAUCGGUCUUUGCACAAAACUAACCUUCAAACUGAUUUUUCAUUGAUACAGGUCUUCGAUGAAAAACUUUUGAUUCCAAUGGGCAAAACUAUGCAACAAAUAUCUACAAAAAUCAAUAAAAACCACUUUGAAAUAUCACAAAGAAUUCAAACUUCAAGAUUAUCGAUUGGGGUCAAUUACAGUAUAGUAUUCAUCAUAUCGAUUAUUUUCUGUGUAUCUGAAACUUGUUAUUUGAUAUUUGUUGUUAAACGAGAUAAUGACGAACAUUCGCUACUUAUUCUUAAUUUAAUGACAUUAUCAGCAAUAAGUUGCUUCGUAAUGUUUGUAAUUCUGGUUGUUUUUGGGAUUUUGCACGCUAUCGAAAUAUUUCCCGGAGCUUAUGUUUGUGAUUCGAUAUCAACUCCGAAUUUGCCAGAAUUCGUUUUUGAAACAUUCGAAGGAAAACGUUUGAAGUUAGUUUUGAUUAAUUAGUGAAACAUCAACUUAAAGUUGUUUUUACAGCAAUGUUAUUAAAAAAUGUCCUUCAUCAAAGAAAGUUCUUAAAUGUUAUCAGGUUUACAUCAAUUCCACCAAGAUUAUUGAAAGUUAUGAGAUAUAUAGGAAUAAAGUUGAACCAAUGCUGAAUAUUGACAAUUUUACGUCUGGUGAUGAUGGAUAUUUUACAUACAUGAAUGAGCCAGCACUAUGUCUGCUAAACCACGAAAUUGGUGGAAUUAUUGAAAAAUUGGAGACAUUUCGAACAAUGGAUUGUAUGAAAAAAGAGACUGUGAAGAAAGAAUUGGAUAGCAUUGUCGAAUUCGCCAAAGGCCAAAACGAAUGCAUGCAAAUGUUUAGGAAAUAUAAGGAUACAACUUUGGUUAACAAAAAGGCUCGUCAAAUAAUCGAUGGGAAAUUUGUAGAAUUUGGUGAAAUGAUUAGAGCAAGCGUGGAAACUAUGAAUUCAAAAUUGAGAAGUGUCGACUUCGAAUGCGAAAACUUGCAAAUAACCGAAUACCAAAAUCUCAAUUCUCAAAUUUGCGAUCGCUAUUCAAAUUAUAAGAAAAUGAUUGGUCCACUUGCAUAUGUUCUCAUGAUUAUUUGCUGUAUUUCCAUUUUUGCGGCUCAUUUUGCCAAUUCGAAAAUCUUGGAAAAAGAGGAGAAAAAUAGACAAAUUGAGAUUGCAGAGAAGAAAAAGGUGGGGAGUUUUGGAAAGAAAAUUAUGAGUUUUUUUUAAAUUAUUUUUCAGAUGGAGCUUGCAAAGAAGGGCGAGGAGUAA